AUGGCUCAGAAAGUAUUAUUAGAGAACGCACAUAUUGAAGGUAUCCGUUAUUACGAUGCUUACCGGAAGAACGGGGGGUACCGUGCUGUGGAAAAGGCGCUGAAAAUGACGCCCGAAGAGAUCGUUGAAGAAGUGAAGAAAAGCGGUCUUCGUGGUCGUGGCGGUGCGGGUUUCCCUACCGGUAUGAAAUGGAGCUUUCUGGCCAAACCGGAAGGCGUUCCCCGUUACCUGGUUUGUAAUGCCGAUGAAUCGGAGCCGGGUACGUUCAAAGACCGCUACCUGAUGGAGUUCCUGCCCCACCUGUUUGUGGAAGGGCUGAUCAUUUCUUCCUUUGCGCUGGGCUCUAAUACCACCUAUAUCUAUAUUCGUGGCGAGUAUGCCUGGAUCCCGGACAUCCUGGAGCAGGCAAUUGCCGAAGCAAAACAGAAUGGCUGGCUGGGGAAAAACAUCCUGGGUACCGGCUUUGAUUGUGAGAUCUAUGUACAGCGCGGUGGUGGUGCCUAUAUCUGCGGUGAAGAAACAGCCCUGAUUGAAAGUCUCGAAGGCAAGCGUGGCAAUCCGCGGAUCAAACCUCCAUUCCCGGCCAUCCAGGGUUUAUGGAUGCGCCCGACCGUGGUAAAUAAUGUAGAAACGAUUGCAGCCGUUGUACCCAUUAUCAAUAUGGGCGGCGAAGAAUAUGUGAAGAUCGGGGUGGGAGAAGAAAGGACUGGCUACGCUGGCUUGUAUACUGCUGGCAGUACUGCUGGGUGUUAA